CGCUCUCCCCGCUAACUUUCCCGAGCCCCGACCCGCGGCGCAGAGCUCCCCGCGGCUUCGCCGCCCACUGCAGACCGCGGGCUGCCAGCCGCUGCGCCCGGUACCCCAUCCCCGCGCCCCUGGCGCGCUCCGGAGACAACGCGACCAUGCCCGGGGCCGGGGGCCGAGGCGCAGCCCGGGCGAGAUGGCUGGGCACCGGGCUUUUGGGUCUCUUCCUGCUCCCGGUGUCCCUGUCGCUGGAGGUGUCUGUGGGAAAGGCCACCACCAUCUAUGCUGUCAAUGGCACGGAGAUCCUGCUGCCCUGCACCUUCUCCAGCUGCUUUGGCUUCCAAGACCUCCACUUCUGGUGGUCCUACAACACCAGUGAUACAUUCAGGACUCUCAUAGACGGGACGGUGAAGAAUGAAAAGUCUGACCCUAAGGUGAAGUUCAAAAAUGAUGAUCGCAUCACUCUGGAGGGCUCCACUAAGGAGAAGAUGAACAACAUUUCCAUUCUACUGAGGAACCUGGAAUUCAGCGACACAGGCAAAUACACCUGUCAUGUGCAGAACCCCAAGGAGAAUAAUUUUCAGCACCAGGCCACCAUCUUCCUCCAAGUCGUUGAUAAAUUGGAAGAAGUGGACAACACGGUGACCCUCAUCAUCCUGGGAGUCGUGGGUGGGGUCAUCGGGCUCCUCAUCCUCAUCCUGCUGGUCAAGAAGUUCAUUGCCUUCAUCAUCAAGAAGACUCAGGAGAAGAAGAAGGAGUGCCUUGUGAGUUCCUCAGGGAAUGAUAACACAGAGAAUGGGUUGCCUGGCUCUAAGGCAGAAGAGAAACCACCAACCAAAGUGUGAGCCCCCCCUGGGGGCCAAGCAGCCGCCUGGGCCUCACUUGCUGAUGAUGAACUGAUGCUUGAGCCACGUCCGUGAACCACGUGCCUGAGACACCUGCUGCUUGGCUCCAACAGUAGUCUUUCUGGGGAGAAACUGGGGUCCUGCCCAGCCUGCCCACUCCCUCCCAGCCAAGGCUCCCCAGGGAUGAGGGCUGGCCAGGGGAGGGGGCCUGUAGAGAGUUCAGGAAAGGAAAGGAGGGCUGGGUGGUGUGGAGGGUGGGUCCCCUGAUACCUGGGGUACCUGGGGUUUUCUUUAGUCUCCUCACCGGGUAUGAGCAGUACUUUGGUUUUCCUCCAGAUUUCUCUUUAAGAGAGGCUUGAGGGGAUCAGCACAGCUUGCCCUAAUAGCUGGACCCCAGUGAAUAAUAGUGUGGAGAUCUAACCCUUUUGGUGGUGGAUGUGGCCUAGAGGACUCUGUACAGGAUCUGGGGUGGGAGCCUGGUGGAGGGGGGAGGGGGGCCUAUAGUGAGAAGCUCUGAUGGAUACCUGAUCCCCCAGGUCCCUCUAGUAAGGCGCUUCCCUCCCCCC